AUGAACGACGACGAUUACGACAAGCACUUCCGACUGCUCAUAUGUGGCGGAAGUGGUACAGGAAAGUCCACCUUACUCUCCUGCUUCUCAUUCGAAGGUGGUGGUUCAGAAGGGACGAGUGUACUGAAGUUGGAUGAGGAGAAUAUUCGAAUAGAUGUCCGGAAAAAGGAUAAGUGGCAACCAGAGUACGUUUCUGAAUUCGAUGCAGUGAUCGUAGUUUUCGCAUCGGAUAAUUUUAAGGUAAAGCUUCUGGAUGUUUCCUUUUGUCUCGGUGUUCUCAGUUUCGAAUAUGCGAUGGAAAUUAUUCAAAAUGUGCAGGACUGCGACUUUUUACCGGUCGUGGUCAUUGAAAACAAAAUUGACUUGAUCGACGAUUACGAUUUCUCCAACAAGGAUACCAUCGAGACCGCAAUAAGAAAUGCGAGAAUGCGGUUGUACAGAGUAUCUGCAAAGGAGGAAUUCAAUGUGAUGCAUCCGUUCGCAUACGUACUCGAGAAGCUGUUGCGGUAUCAAGACGAAAACGCGAACGUCCGAGAACGAAAUCUCCCCAACUGUCGGCCACCAGUUCGAGAGGGAUGGGUAGAACAUUCAGUG